AUGGACACUGCAAAGGUCAGCUCCAUGGACUCGAGAAUUAUGGACGUGUUUGGGAAUGUCAUUGAGCGGUGUCCUCUGAUUGCAGCCACUGUUUGGUCUCAGCGCUCAUUCUCUGACUUGGAGGAUUUGGAGAAGCUCUCUGCCUUUAUUGACUCUCUUCUACAGGGAGACCGGGAGCGCGUCCCGUGCUGCCACCCGGGCCUGGCCGGCCGCGAGCUGCAGCGGGGCACGCUCACGGCCGAGUCGCAGCGGGAGCAGAGCGGCGCGGGCCCGACGAGCCUGGACGCGGACGGGCGGCUCCAGCGGGCCGAGCUCAGCGCGCAGUACCGCGCGCGCCUCGGCUUCCCCCUCGCGAUCGCCGCGCGCCAGCUGCACCGUCCGCCCGCGCAGGAGCUGCGCACGGCCCUGGGCGACGUGCAGAAGAUCUGCCACCUGCGUCUCGCCUCCCUCCUCGGCGCCGACCCCGCCCGGCUGUCGUGGCCGUGGGGGCUGCGGCCCGGCUCUGCGCGCCCCGGGCGGGGGGCUGACUUAGGCGGGGAGUAG